AUCCGUUUUGGCCACACCAGUAGACUUCCAUGAAUCUGGAAAAACUCAAAAUUGUUGAAAUUUAAAAAAUUAUCUGUUGUUCUGAGGACACCCACGUCUUCCUUUGGUUAUCAUCUAGCAACACCAACAUGCAUUUGAUGUGCGAGCGAUUGUCUGCGGUUUUUGCGGGCGUCCUAGUGGGUUUGUGGUACGGUAAGACCUUUUCCGAGGACGAAAAGCCCAAGGAGAAGGGCAAGGAGAAGAAGAAGUAGACCGACCCUCGCAGCUUCUUUCUA